AGCUAGUUAGUAGUAGAGAGAGAGCAGCGCGCGCAGCAAUUAGUCAGAGCUGCAUAUGAACUCCAUAGCGAGUCAGCGAUAGACCGUCUAAGAAGCCAAAAGUUACGACAUCUGUGCGAGUGAACCUUCUUUUUCGAAAUCGAAAUCGUAAAGCGGGGUGAGAAUUUAUUCGGUUUAUGUUACGACCGAGCAAGACGACGAAAAGUAUUAUUACACCCAUCGCUGUGACAGACGCGGCCACGCGGUCCUCCACCCGACGGCAGUUGAAGUGGUGCAUAUUGAUAACUUUCGACACUACUGCAGUUUGCUCAUAAACAAAAGCGUUCCCCGUUGGGCAACAUAAUCGCUUCUUCCACUUGGCUAUGCGAUGUAUACGACUGGGUGGCCACUGCUGACUGUCUCUCUACUUGUGCUCAGAACGGACAUGCUAGUACGUAUAUACAGAAGUGAUUGUGCGUUCUCUCGGCUGUCACUGGAAUAUUAAUCAGCUCCAACGGAAGACGCAGUCCAGGCCGGAUCCGCUGCUGCCGAUGAUCGAGGGAUGAUCGGACUUGCCGCAGUCAAUCCUUCCCCGUCAGUCAAUCAGUCAGGAGGCAAUCAACGCCCGUGACAGACGCGGUUCAACACCCGUGUGAUCAACUAGACGAAGACCACCGCGAGAAAGCAGAACUCACUCCUUCUGUUCCGUUUGAGUGAUUGCUGUUGCUGAGCGGACGAGUACUGAAAAUAGCGAUUGUUGGUGAUAGCGAAGAAAAUUCAAACAAGUGCAUCGCGAGUGAUUGUUGUGAUUGUUGCGAAAAACAGAAACACAGUGACAAUGCUCUAUUUAAAGAUUAUCGCCGUGGGAUUGUGCGUGGUGCUCGUGAGGGAUGCUGUGGAAGCUGCCGAGCCGUGCUCCAAUACUACCGUCAAGAUAGAAUACGUGAGACGAAACGGCAAAAAUGUGAUGAUCGCUCGGAACAAGUGCUGCAAGGGAUACGUCCGCAACAAGAACAAGUGCAACCCGGUGUGCACGACACCAUGCGAAAACUCCAAAUGCACCGAACCGAACCUUUGCACUUGUAAUCCGGGGUUUGAGCGAUUGUCCAACUUCAGGUGCAUCCCACACUGCGAUGGCUGCGACAACGGAUUCUGCAUCAAACCGGGCUACUGUCAGUGCAACACCGGAUACUACCAUGCCGAGAACGGAAGCUGCCUUGCGGAGUGUAACAAUUGCGGUGGUGCAGGAUACUGCUUGGAACCAAAUGUCUGCCUCUGCCGGGAGGGUUACGAGCUACGUAUGGUGGAGGGUGAACAAUCUUGCGAACCAAUUUGUGAUGAUGGAUGUACCAACGGGGUAUGCACAGGACCGAAUCAAUGUGCGUGCCUUGAAGGAUACGUGAAGGAUGAGCUAGGAACGUGCGUUACGGAGAAAGUUAGCACGACAACUCCCGAGCCUUGCGAGCAGGGUUACGAGGAGAUCAACGAGACAUGUGUUUCCAUUUGUGACAAGGAGUGUGUCAAUGGGGAGUGUUCAGCUCCGAAUCAGUGCGAAUGCUUUGAAGGAUAUUCGAGUGAAAACUCCACGGACUACAAUUUGUGUCAACCCGUGUGUUCAAAUGGGUGUCAGAACGGGAACUGUAUCGCCCCAGGGAAGUGCAUCUGCCACAAGGGUUACGGUAAGAUUGCAGAUGAAUGCAUUCCUCUAUGUGAGAAGUGCUCGUUGGGUCAUUGCGUUCGUCCAGAGGAGUGCGUUUGCGAUCGAGGGUAUGACCUGAUCGACGGAGAUUGCGUCCCGAUAUGCGAAGAAGAGUGCAAGAACGCUAAAUGCACUGGGCCCAAUUCGUGCACGUGUUUGCCGGGGUAUAACUACACGGACAUCAAUUCGCUGUUCGAGUGUUUACCAGUCUGCGAGGAUGAUUGCGAAAACGGGGUAUGCGUAGCGCCGAACACUUGUGAGUGCAAUCCAGGGUACGUGAAGGAUGAGGAAGUCUGUGUCGAUCCGAUAGAAUUGUGUCGGUCCAAAUGCUUGCACGGCUUCUGCGAUAAGAAUGCGCAGUGUAAAUGCAAUCGAGGUUACGCGAUGAACACGAUUGGACUGUGCGAGAAAACCUGUCCAGAUGGGUGCAUCAACGGAGAGUGCGUUGGAGGAGAGUGUCUUUGUUACGAAAACUAUCGGCUAUCGUUAGGGAACGCCUCGUACUGUGAGCCAAUUUGCGAAGACGACUACGAAUACGAGAGCGGUUGCGUGAAUGGUCGCUGCGUGGAACCUAAUGUGUGUCAAUGCGACGACGGAUAUGACUUCGUGGAUGGAAGCCGAACGAAGUGUCAAUCGAUCGAUGAGAUUCGUGCGGAGAAAGAACGGCAGCUGAAGGAGAAGAUGUGUGCGAAAUGGUGCAGCAAUGGAAUAUGCGAGCUAGGUUUCUGUCAGUGCUCAAUGGGUUAUGUAAAUCCAGAAGGGGAGAACCAUAGAUGCGUAGCGUUAUGUGAGCCGCCUUGUAGAAAUGGAACCUGUGUACUGCCCAAUCGUUGCGAAUGUGAUCAUGGCUACGAGUUCUAUAAUGGAAGUUCGCAUAUUUGUCUACGGGUGGAGGAAGUGAAACGGUUCAAGAUUCAACUGAAGCAAAGCCGCUGUGAGACAAAUUGCCGAAACGGUAACUGUGAAGAAGGGAAAUGCUUCUGCAAUGUUGGCUUCCGACAUGCGGCAAAUGAUGAGUUCAACUGCCAGCCUUACUGCGAGAAGCCUUGUCUCAAUGGAGUUUGUGCAGGUGACAAUCGCUGUAGAUGUUUCGAGGGUUAUGAUAACCUUUACGAUCCGAGCCAAUGUGAGCCGAUUUGUGAACCGAACUGUAUAAAUGGACAGUGUGUAGGACCAAAUGAAUGCAGGUGUAAUGUGGGAUACGUAUUGGAAGAAGGAGUGUUGCAUCGAUGCGAAAGCGAGUUAUCAAAAUUAGAGGCGAUCGUGAAAGAGCGCCAGAAGUCCUGUAAAGCCAAGUGUACUAAUGGAAUGUGUGUAGAUGGAAUUUGCAAAUGUGUAGAAGGAUUCUAUAACGUUGACAAAACGAAGAUGACUUGUGAACCAUGGUGUGUCGAAGGAUGCUCGAAUGGCAGGUGCAUUGCUCCUGGGGAAUGUACAUGCAACGAUGGCUAUGAGUUUACGGUGGAUCAUGGAUGUAAGGCAAUUUGCACGCAGGAUUGUAUCAAUGGAUAUUGCAGCGACCCGGGUAGAUGUGACUGCUUCCCGGGGUUCAAGAAAUCUGCAGAUGUCAACAUGUGUGAACCAGACUGCGGAGAAGACGGUUGUCUUCACGGUCAUUGCGUAGCUCCAGGAGUUUGCGAAUGCUUUGCUGGGUAUCAGCAGAAUGAAGAAGACGACACACGGUGCCAGCUGAUACCAGAGAUCAUCUACAAGGUGGAUAGCCAUAGCCACAGUAUGAUCUACAGCGUAGCGUACGUCAAGUAUCUGGUUCCGCUGGUGGUGGUGGCCGUUCUGAUCACGGCUGCCCUCAUCACCAUGAUCGUCCUACGCAACAAGCGCAAAGACUACCACGUCGGCAAGCUCGGUAACGUACGCCGGUCAUCGCGCCGGGUCCCUACGCGUACCACCGAUUACAAUGAUUAUAAUCUGGUCGUUCUUUUCCCCACAGAGACGAAAGAAAAUUGCGUCUACUUCAUGCCGCAGACGCCGCUGGACGGGGGUGGAAAGGACGAAGAGGACAAAUUUAAUGUUUGAUUGGGAAGCUCGUUCGGGACAGGUGUGAAAGUGUUUGAGUGAGUAUGGAAUGUAUGGGGCUAGGAAUGUCAUCCAAAUAAUUGUACAGACAUAGAAACUAGUUAGGGUCAGUUUUAGGUAACGAACGUGUACUGUGUUUUAUUUAUUUCUCUAAGCGACUACGAAACCAUUGAAUAAAUAUAACGAAGUUUUUUUUU